UCGUUAGCAAGAGAUGACAUAACAAACAAGCGCAACCCUAGUGCUAUUUGAGCCACCACCCACCUUCAUUGCGCUUCUCGCCAAUUUCAUUUUACCCAAAAUCACACCUCUCUCUCUCAACCCUAACAUUUUCCUUCCUGUUUCAAUCCUCGAGAGCCGCUAAAGAUGAGUUCAGACGAUGAGAGAGACGAGAAGGAGCUGGAUCUCACCUCCCCUGAAGUCGUCACCAAGUACAAGAGCGCCGCUGAGAUCGUCAACAAGGCGUUGCAGGUGGUCUUAGCUGAAUGCAAGCCAAAAGCUAAGAUUGUCGAUAUCUGCGAGAAGGGAGACGCCUUUAUCAAUGAGCAAGCAGGGAGCAUGUACAAGAAUGUCAAGAAGAAGAUUGAUCGAGGCGUCGCUUUUCCCACGUGUGUUUCCGUUAACAACACUGUUGGUCAUUUCUCUCCCCUCGCCAGCGACGAGACUGUGUUGGAAGAGGGUGAUAUGGUAAAAAUUGAUAUGGGAUGUCAUAUUGAUGGGUUCAUUGCCCUUGUUGCCCACACACAUGUUAUCCAAGAAGGGCCCGUUACUGGACGCAAAGCUGAUGUUAUUGCAGCUGCUAAUACUGCCGCUGAAGUUGCCUUGAGGCUCGUACGUCCUGGGAAGAAGAACCAUGCUGUCACUGAAGCUAUUCAGAAGGUGGCUGAAGCUUAUGACUGCAAAAUUGUGGAAGGGGUUAUCUCCCACCAGAUGAAACAGAACGUGAUAGAUGCAAGCAAGAGUUUCCUAAGUGUAUCCACUCCAGAAACAAGAGUCGAUGAUGCUGAGUUUGAAGAGAAUGAAGUCUAUGCAAUAGAUAUUGUGGCAAGCACUGGUGAUGGCAAGCCAAAGCUUUUAGACGAGAAGCAAACAACUGUUUACAAGAAGGAUGCAGCUGUUAACUAUCAGUUGAAGAUGAAGGCCUCCAGAUUCAUAAUCAGCGAGAUUAAAGAGAAGUUCCCCCAUAUGCCAUUCACUGCAAGGUCACUUGAGGAGAAGAGGGCACGUCUUGGACUUGUGGAGUGUGUGAACCAUGGUCAUCUACAGCCAUAUCCUGUUCUCUACGAGAAGCCUGGUGAUUUUGUUGCCCAGAUUAAAUUCACAGUUUUGCUGAUGCCAAAUGGAUCAGACAGGAUCACUUCACAUACUCUUCAAGAGAUUCAACCUACGAAGACCAUCGAUGACCCUGAGAUCAAAGGGUGGUUAGCCUUGGGUAUCAAGAAGAAGAAGGGUGGUGGAAAGAAGAAGAAAGCAGCGAAGAAGGCAGGAGAGGCCUCAACUGAGGCUGAGCCAGUGGAAGCAAGUAGCACUGCUCAAGAAUGAAGGAGAUCUAUCUCUCUUUUGUUUCUUUCGUAAGAAUUUUGGGAAGUUUCAGGUCUUUGUAAUGUUUGAGUUUCGGAGAGUUUCUUCGUAGAGAAAAAAAAAACAGAGCAGGACAAUACUUGAUCAAUUUGUGUCCUUUUGCACAAAACCCAUGUCUGAAUGUUCAUCAUCAUUGUUCUGGUCGACUUAGGUCAUGACCGUGCCAA